CCGGACUUCAAGAGUCUCGUCUUUCGAAACAUUUCAGGUCAAAACUAUCGCAAAAAUGCCAAGAAGGACAACCAGAAUAACACCAAAAGUACGCCGAAGAGUAAAAAGAGUUACUAAGUCACCGGAAAGUUUGAACAAAAGUCGGAAAGAAAGGUUUUCUACUGAGGAAAGCGAGACGAAUAAAAGACAGACGACAGCUCGCAGAACGGGAAGAACUGCUUCAAAACGGAAGGCAGAAUCUCCUGAAAAAGAUACUCCUUCAUCUCGUUAUUCAAGCAGCUCUUCUGUUGAUAAUGAGUCGCAAGAGGAAAGUGUGCAAGUUCCAAAGAAGAAACGGUACGUGCAAGAAACAAAAACAACACGAGCCAAGAGUAUAAAGAAGUCAGUUGAAAAUAGAAAAGCGAACAUCAAGAUAAUAAAUCAAGAAAAAACAGGAAGGACUAGGGAAUCAAAGACAACUAAAUGUCCCAGGAAGGAGAGAMAAACGACUGAAAGAAUAAGAGAUCUGAUCGUCACCAAAAAAGUAUAUUCCAAAUGGAAGCCACUUGGUACCUCAACAAAGAAUUAUAUCAAGCAAGUUAUAAAAAAGGUUGAGAAAUCACUGACUUCAGUUAAUAGUCAAUUGUCAAUGAUAGAAGAUGAGCUACAAGAACAAAGAAGAUUACUUGAAAGUGAAGAAGAAAAAUUGAAAACAAUCACCUCCCAACUCACUAAAGAAACCAAUGCAAAUGAUCAGCCACUUCAUCCCUUAUUAGAGAAAACAUUURCAMCCAGCCUUAAUCUCCCCAUGAUAAGUAAAGAAGCAAUAAACUUACCUAUACCCAAGAUUCCAGCUGAGUUAGAAAAAGGAGCCCAAAGGUUGGGCAAGACAUUAUCAAAGCUAAGUAAUAACAUGAAUAAUAUUGGUCUCACGCAAUGGCUUGAAUCUGUGUCUCAACUACAAGCAUCACUAAACCAAACAUGAUCUCAAAAAUAGAAAUAAGCUCAUUAUUAAGACAAAGACAAAUGGGGUUAUGUACAUGCUUUGGGAAGAUCAAGUUAACCGCAUUGAUGUUCAUUUCUGUACCAUAUAUGUACAUCUCUUCAUGCUUGGAAAUAAGCUAUGUGUUGUUACCCUAGCUUUUAAUAAACUUCAAUAAACUU